AUGGAUAGUACAUAUAAGCUGCCAAUUCCAAGUUCAUUAAGUUCAGGGAGUAAUACUCCGUUUACUAUCAAGAAAAGGAGGUAUGUUAGAGCCAAGAAAUCUUUCAGUCUUUUGUCUACGCUUUUUUUGGCCAUUGUAAUCAUAAAUAUCAUUGAAGAUCGCUACAUUGCCCACAACAAAUUAGAGAUUGAGUACUCGAUUAUUAGAUCUUUCCCUUUGAAGACUUACAGUCGCUUACAGGGGUUUAUUUGUCGUAUCAAGUAUCCCUGGCCUUUAAAUCUAGCGAUAGUUGGUUUAUUCAAAAACUUAGUGGGUAUCUCUCUAGUAGAUGCUGAACGGAGUAGUUUAAGAGAGUACUCAUCUAUUAAUGAUUUGUUUACGCGUAAGUUGGCCCAAAGUGCACGGCCAUUAGGUAGGGGAGUUAUUUCACCAGUGGAUGGAACAGUGAUGUAUGCAGGUGAGGUAGGAGGGAGUAAGCAAAAGAUUAAAGGAGUGGUUUAUCGUGAGGAAGACUUAGUGAAUUUAACGGCUUUUCCGUCCAGACAAAAAGUUGAUAACAAAAUGUACCAGAUUGUGAUUUACUUAUCUCCAGCUAAUUAUCAUCGGUUUCAUACGUUUUUAGACUUUCAGUUGGAGGAGAUUAAGCAUGUGCCUUCACAGUUGUUUUCAGUUGGGAAAGGUCCAAUGCGGUAUCUUAAAGGACUACUGUCUAAGAAUGAACGGGUGGUCUUUAGUGGGCGGACUUGUUGGGGGUAUGGGGCCUUGGUAGCGGUCGGGAGUACGGGGGUAGGAAGUAUUACCACACCUUUUGCGCCUAUCAAGACGAAUCGGUUCUUUCAACAACAAAGUGAUAUCAAAAAUUAUCCGGUUAGUUUCAUGUUGGGCAAAGGCGAUGAGUUGGGUAACUUUAACUUAGGAUCAACGGUCGUGCUUUUCUUUGAGGCACCAAGUGAGUUUGAGCUGACUUGUUCGGAAGGUGUAGUCCGAUUAGGAGAGUCUUUAGGCGAG